AUGGCGGACUACCACUUCGGAGGCUCAGAAGAGGAGAAUGCGGAGUUGAGGAAGCUUGAGACCGAGCUGGUUGAUGAUCCAGAUAACUUCGAGACCUGGGAGAAGCUCGUGCGCGGCGCCGAAGCCCUCGAGGGUGGUAUCAAUCGCAACUCCAACCCGCAGGCAAUCACUACCGCGCGCAACGUUUAUGAUCGCUUCCUGGCCAAGUUUCCUCUCCUUUUUGGUUAUUGGAAGAAAUAUGCCGACCUCGAAUUCUCGAUUACCGGUACCGAAGCUGCAGAGAUGGUCUAUGAAAGAGGCAUCGCCAGUAUCUCCCCUUCGGUGGAUCUCUGGACCAACUACUGCUCCUUCAAAGCCGAGACCUCCCACGACGCAGACAUCAUUCGAGACUCGCAAAAAGCCUGUGUGGUGCCGAUUGUGUUUGCAACAUGGAUAUGUGCCGGUCAUAGCAGUUUCAUUGAUUAUGGCCUAUUUGAACGUGGCGCUAGCUGUGUCGGCCUGGACUUCCUGGCACACCCGUUCUGGGAUAAGUAUAUCGAGUUCGAGGAACGUGUCGAGGCACAGGACAAGAUCUUUGCCAUUCUUGGACGGAUCAUCCACAUCCCGAUGCACCAGUAUGCACGCUACUUUGAACGUUAUCGCCAGCUCGCUCAAACUCGCCCCCUGGUAGAGUUAGCACCCGCGGAAACCAUGUCCGAGUUCCGCUCAGAGCUCGAGGCUGCUUCGUCUCAGGUUCCCCCCGGCGCCAAGGCUGAAGCUGAGAUUGAGCGUGAUCUCAGACUGCGCAUAGACAACUACCACUUGGAGGUGUUUUCAAAGACCCAGACUGAGACUACAAAGCGCUGGACCUACGAGUCGGAGAUCAAGCGGCCAUACUUCCACGUGACCGAACUGGACGAGGGCCAGCUCACAAACUGGAAGAAAUAUCUCGAUUUUGAGGAGUCUGAAGGUUCGUUCACCCGUAUUCAGUUCUUGUAUGAGCGCUGCCUCGUGACAUGCGCCCACUAUGAGGAGUUCUGGCUCCGUUAUGCACGAUGGAUGGCUGCUCAAUCGGGCAAGGAGGAAGAGGUGCGGAUUAUCUACCAGCGUGCCAGCUAUCUCUACGUUCCCAUUGCGAACCCGACGGUUCGGCUGCACUAUGCCUACUUCGAGGAGCUGUCAGGCCGGACAGACGUAGCUAAGGAUAUCCACGGUGCUAUCCUCAUGAACCUCCCCAGUCAUGUCCAGACUAUCAUCUCUCUGGCUAAUUUAUCUCGGCGCCACGGCGGCCUCGAGGCAGCCAUUGAGGUCUACAAGACCCAGUUGGACUCGCCCGAGUGCGAAAUGGCUACCAAGGCUGCGCUUGUUGCCGAGUGGGCUCGUCUCUUGUGGAAAAUCAAGGGCGCUCCCGACGAUGCUCGCAAAGUGUUCGAGGAGAAUCAGCAGUAUUACCUCGACAGCCGCCCCUUCUGGGCCAGCUAUCUCAUGUUCGAGAUUGAGCAGCCCACCAGCGCCGCGACUGAGGCGUCUCAGUACGACCGCAUCAAACAAGUGAUCUCUGACGUGCGCUCUAAGAGCACUCUACUCCCCGAAAUUGUCAAGGAGCUUGUGCAAAUCUACAUGGCUUACCUCCUCGAACGAGGCACCAAGGAUACCGCCAAGGAGUACAUGACUCUGGAUCGUGAGGUGCACGGCCCGGCAUCUGUGGCUGCUGCUCGCACAGGUGGCACUGUUGUGGUUCCUCCGACUCCUGCUGACAUACAGCCUAUGGCCGUUCCCCCGGUGCAACAGCCCACUCCUGACCAAGCCGCUGCUACUGCUGAGGCUUAUGCUCAGUGGCAACAGUACCAGAGCCCUGUUAACGGUAGCUCGGCCGCCUAA